GAUUGCGCUUAACAGAAAGAAUUGCGUGUUUAAUUCAAUCCUCACAAUAAUAAUUGGGAGGGGAGUAAAACCUAACCACUAAAAAUUGAGUUUCGAAUCCGAAUAAGCUUAAAGAGUGAACCGAGAGGGACACUAAUAGAAGGAAAAAAAACGAAAAACUAAGACGUACCUGUCAUUUAACACCCCCCCAAAAUGUUUUGAGUAAGUUUCAAUUAAAAAAAAAAAGUGUCCGGGUCCAUUUUGAAUUGGGCCAACAUAGAUAAGACAGACUUCGUUAUCCCCAUAGAUAUUUUUUGGAAGUGGAGUACUCGGUACUACUGUACGUGUUUGCCAACUGCCAAAUUAUGGUGGGAAACCCGAUUGCAAUUGGGGCAGGGAAUUUCAGGCCAACAUUAACGAAUUAUGCAACCCCAUAUCACAGAAUCCGGAGCAACCGUAUCCGAAUAAUCGGAGCUCCGGCAACUCUCCGGCGGCGCACGUUAGCAGGCACCCUCACCAAGAAAGGCAAAUGGGUUGUUAAUUGUGUUGCUUCUGCUACCUUUGCUAAUGGCUACCCAGAAUAUGAUCGCCUUUUACCCUGCCCUCCCUCAAAUCACAGCAAUCACCCACCUAGAGUUGAACACUUGGUGGUUUUAGAAGAAGGCCCUGUCUGUGAUUACAUUAGCAGAACUUUAAAUCUCCCCCCACUGUAUGUUGCCGAUCUUAUCCAUUUUGGAGCUGUAUAUUAUGCACUUGUGCAUCCUGAGCCUCCAGCAACUGCAACUCCAGAGCAAGUUCAAGUAUACGAAAAAUUCACUUCACCUCAUCUUCUAAAACAGAGGCAGUCACUUGAAGAAAAAACUGUUUCAGAAGCACAAAAGACUUUCCGUAUAACUCACGUUAAUGAAAAUGUUGAAGUUGGAACUUACUUGCGCGUUUAUGUACAUCCAAGACGCUUCCCAAGGUGCUAUGAAAUUGAUUGGAAGUCGAGGAUUAUAGCUAUUGAUGACAAUUAUGUGAUUCUGGACAAGCCUGCUGGCACUUCUGUAGGAGGUACUUCCAACAAUAUUGAAGAAAGUUGUGCAAAUUUUGCUACUCGUGCUUUGGGACUGACUAGUCCGCUCUUGACUACACAUCAGAUUGAUAAUUGUACUGAAGGAUGUGUUUUGAUGGCCAGAACUGAGGAAUAUAGCUCUAUUUUUCAUGAAAAAUUCAGAGAAAAGAAGGUCAAGAAACUCUAUCUUGCCCUCGUUGCAGCUCCAAUAUCUUGUGGAAUUAUCACCCAUUACAUGCAGCCGGCAAAGCUUGCUCCGCGUAUAGUUUCUGAAGAGUAUGACAAAGGGUGGCAAUUAUGUCAACUUGAAGUUUUGGAUUGCAAAGAAGUUCCUUGGCCAAACUCUACCAUUGAAGAAAAGUAUCAAAUCAAAGACUGCGGAUGGCCUGUCAAGACUUUUGCCUAUGAAUGUAAAAUUAAUCUUUUGACUGGACGAACUCAUCAGAUCCGAGCACAACUUGCUGCUUGUGGAGCUCCUCUAAUUGGUGAUUCAAUGUAUAUGCCAGCUGCGCUUGCAGAGCUGACCAAACCUGGAGUAUCUCCCUUUGGUAAAUACAAGAGAGAAUACUCAUGUGAGGGUGAAAGAAGAAUUGCUAUUGAAAAUUGGAAUUCUCUGCAUGGAAAGGAGCCAAGUUUAGCCAUUGGUCUUCAAGCAUGUCAAAUUUCAUGGGACGAUGGUGAACAAGUCUAUGAAGCUGGAUCACCUUGGUGGAGAUAAGGAUAUUUUCUGGGGUCUGGUGCAAUGAUAAGGAUACCUUGGUGAAAGCUUGUAAUCUUGUAAGGAAGAAAAUAGGAUUGUUUGAAGUUAAUUUACAAUGGGUGAACAGUGAGAUGUAUAUUUUUAUUAAAUUUGAUUUUCUUAUUCAUCACAAACUAAUCAUCAUGCAAAUUCCUUCUAAACACUACUAUAAAAACUCCAGAGUCCAAUAUUCAUUUGCGUGAUCACAUGAUGAUUAGUUUGUGCUCUCAAGAAAUCUUGUCAACAAACUCACAGUGAAGUUCAUCUCAACAUGCCACACAUGACACAUCUCU